CCGUAGCCCCGGCGCCGCUGCUUCCUGCGCCGGUGGACCCGGAUACGCCGAGCGGCUGCGGCGCGCUCGAGCCUGCGGGCUGUCCGGACGCGGCGGAGCGGGGCUCGAGGUGUAGGGUGACCUGAACGGCGACAGCGGGGGGAAUAUUACAUUGGAUAGAAAAGGGAGGUGAUAAUGCACCAUGGCAGUGGUUCUCAGAAUGUCCAGCAUCAGCUACAGAGGUCUAGGUCCUUCACUGGGAGUGAAGAGGAGCAGACAGCCCAUCCUAACUUAUCCCCAUCGCCUGCAGCGCCUUUCGCUCCAUCAGCCAGCCCAUCUGCGCCCCAAUCCCCUGGGUACCAGAUUCAGCAGCUUAUGAGCAGAAGUCCUGUGGCUGGGCAAAAUGUGAACAUCACACUACAGAAUGUUGGCUCUGUUGUAGGAGGGAACCAGCAGAUUACACUGGCCCCUCUGCCACUGCCCAACCCCACCUCGCCAGGUUUUCAGUUUGGUGCACAGCAGAGGCGCUUUGAGCAUGGGUCUCCAUCAUACAUUCAAGUUACUUCUCCCCUGUCACAGCAGGUCCAGACUCAGAGCCCCACACAGCCUAGCCCUGGGCCAGGGCAAGCCCUGCAGAAUGUUCGUGCAGGUGCCCCAGGCCCUGGACUGGGCAUUUGCAACAGCAGCCCCACUGGAGGCUUUGUGGAUGCCAGUGUGCUUGUGAGGCAGAUCAGCUUGAGCCCCUCAAGUGGUGGUCACUUUGUAUUUCAGGAGGCACCAGGCUUGACCCAGAUGACCCAGGGAGCCCAGGUUCAACUCCAGCAUUCAGGAGCUCCCAUCACUGUCCGAGAACGGAGACUCUCCCAACCUCAUGCACAGUCAGGAGGCACCAUCCACCAUCUGGGGCCUCAGAGCCCUGCAGCUGCAGGAGGCACUGGGUUGCAACCUCUGUCCAGCCCGAACCACAUCACCACGGCCAGCCUGCCACCCCAGAUCAGCAGCAUUAUUCAGGGCCAGUUGAUACAGCAACAGCAGCAGGUGCUUCAGGGGCAGCCACUGAACAGAUCUCUGGGGUUUGAAAGGACACCAGGUGUGCUGCUCCCUAGUGUUGGGGGGCCUUCAGCAUUUGGGAUGACAUCCCCACCGCCACCAACCAGCCCAUCCAGAACCACCAUGCCUCCAGGCCUUUCCAGUGUGCCUCUCACGUCUAUGGGAAGCUCAGGAAUGAAGAAGGCUCCCAAGAAGUUGGAGGAGAUCCCUCCAGCCUCCCAGGAGAUGGCACAAAUGAGAAAGCAGUGCCUGGACUACCACUACAAGGAGAUGGAGGCACUUAAGGAGAUCUUCAAGGAGUACUUAAUUGAACUGUUCUUCUUGCAACAUCUUCAGGGCAACAUGAUGGAUUUCUUGGCUUUUAAAAAGAAGCAUUAUGCCCCUUUACAAGCAUAUCUUAGGCAGAAUGAUUUGGAUAUUGAAGAGGAAGAGGAAGAGGAGGAAGAGGAAGAGAAAUCUGAAGUUAUUAAUGAUGAGCACCAAGCUCUGACUGGGAGUCUCGUGGUGGGGGCUGGCAGUGCCACAGAAGCCGACCCCUUUAAGAGGCAGCAGGUGAUGCCAUCUACAGAGCAGUCUAAGAGACCUCGUCUUGAAGUGGGUCAUCCAGGGGUAGUUUUCCAGCAUCCAGGGGUGAAUGCAGGAGUCCCUCUGCAGCAGUUAAUGCCGACAGUCCAAGGAGGGAUGCCCCCAACUCCUCAGGCUACACAACUCACUGGACAGAAGCAGAGCCAACAGCAGUACGACCCUUCCACAGGGCCUCCUGUGCAGAAUGCCGCCAGCUUGCAUACCCCACCACCACAGCUCCCUGCGAGGCUGCCCCCAGCCACUGUCCCAGCCACAGCUCUCUCUUCCACCUUACAGUUUUCACAGCAGUCACAGAUGGUGGAAACUCCAACUCAGCUCCAAAUCCCAGUGAAGACUCCACAGCUGAAUGCCCCCAUCUCUGCCCCCCUGCCUAGCCAGCUUGCUGCUCCUUCUCCACAGCCUGCCCAGCCGACCCUCCAUGUUCCGAUGACCGGGAAGGCACAGAUGCAGACCUCUCAGCUUUCUUCCCAGACCCAGACAGUGGCAUCGACCAGGCCCCCCCUGGACUCUGCCCAGCCCUGCCAGCGGUCUCUGCCCAUUUCCUCCUCUUCCUCAUCCCUUGUACCUGUGAGUGGCUCAGGCCCUGGACCCUCGUCUGCUCGUUCUUCACCAGUGAACAGACCCUCUACUGCUACCAGCAAGGCUCUGUCUCCCAUCACUUCCCGGUCUCCAGGGGCAGCAGUGUCAGCUCCCCCCAAGCCACAGAGUCCUGCUCAGAAUGCAGCCUCAUCCCAGGAUGGUUCUCAGGAUAAGCUGGCCGAACAGAUAACACUGGAAAACCAGAUCCAUCAGCGAAUAGCAGAUUUAAGGAAGGAAGGCUUGUGGUCCCUAAGGCGGCUGCCAAAGCUUCAAGAAGCUCCACGCCCUAAAUCUCAUUGGGACUACCUGCUGGAAGAGAUGCAGUGGAUGGCCACAGACUUUGCCCAGGAGCGGAGGUGGAAGUUGGCUGCUGCUAAGAAGCUUGUCAGAACUGUAGCCCGUCAUCACGAGGAAAAGAAACUUGGUGAGGAAAGAGGGCAGAAGGAAGAGCAGAGCAGGCUGAGACGCAUCGCUGCCACCACUGCCCGUGAAAUAGAAUAUUUUUGGUCAAACAUUGAACAGGUUGUAGAAAUAAAACUACAAGUAGAAUUAGAAGAGAAAAGGAAAAAGGCCUUAAAUUUACAGAAAGUUUCCAGAAGAGGGAAAGAGUCCAAAUUAAAGAUAUUUGAUACAUCACCAGAACAUGCUCUGGAUCUAGGACUAUCUGGAAGGAAAAGAAAAGCUAGCACAUCUUUGACUGAUGAUGAAGUGGAAGAUGAAGAAGAGACCAUCGAAGAGGAGGAAGCACAUGAAGGGCUAGUUGACCACCACACAGAACUUUGUAAUCUGGCCAAAGAAGCUGAAUUGCCCUUAAUUGAUUUGAUGAAAUUGUAUGAAGGUGCCUUUUUGCCAAAUUUUCAGUGGCCACAACCUGAACCUGAUCAUGAGGAGUCAAGCGGGGAAGAGGAUGUGGAAGACUGUCCUGGUGACAGGGAGAGCCGGAGGGACUCAGUUCUCAUUGACUCACUCUUCAUCAUGGAUCAGUUUAAAGCUGCAGAGAGAAUGAGUAUUGGAAAAUCUAACACCAAGGACAUCACAGAAGUUACUGCUGUGGCGGAAGCUGUCCUCCCUAAGGGCAGUGCCCGGGUCACAACUGCGGUGAAGUUUAGUGCUCCAUCUUUGCUGUAUGGUGCUCUCCGAGACUAUCAGAAGAUAGGACUUGACUGGUUGGCCAAGCUAUACCGGAAGAAUCUCAAUGGCAUAUUAGCUGAUGAAGCUGGGCUCGGGAAAACUGUGCAGAUCAUUGCUUUCUUUGCUCACCUUGCCUGUAAUGAAGGUAAUUGGGGCCCUCAUCUUGUUGUCAUGAGGAGUUGUAACAUACUCAAGUGGGAACUUGAGUUGAAACGCUGGUGUCCUGGCCUCAAAACUCUUUCUUAUGUUGGCAGCCACAGAGAACUCAAAGCAAAGAGACAGGAGUGGACUGAGCCCAACAGCUUCCACAUCUGCAUCACGUCCUUUAAGCAGUUCUUCAGGGGCUACACUGCCUUCUCAAGGGUGCACUGGAAAUGCCUUGUCAUUGAUGAAAUGCAACGGGUGAAGGGCAUGACUGAGCGGCACUGGGAAGCCAUCUUCAAGCUGCAGAGCCAGCAGCGCCUGCUUCUGAUCGAUGUGCCUCUGCAUAACACUUUCCUGGAGCUCUGGACCAUGGUACACUUUCUCAUUCCUGGGAUCUCCAGGCCUUACCUGAGCUUCCCCCUGAAAGCUCCCAAUGAGGAAAACCAGGAUUACUAUCACAAAAUGGUCAUAAGAUUACACAGGGUCACACAGCCAUUUAUUUUGAGGAGAACAAAGAGAGAUGUGGAGAAACAGCUGACCAGGAAGUAUGAGCAUGUUCUGAAGUGCCGCCUUUCCAGUCGGCAGAAGGCCUUAUAUGAGGAUGUCAUCCUACAGCCUAGGACCCAGGAAGCUCUGAAGAGUGGACACUUUGUCAGUGUCUUGAGUGUCUUGACACGGCUACAGCGGAUCUGUAACCAUCCUGGGCUGGUAGAGCCACGGGUACCAGGCUCCUCCUAUGCAGCAGGCUCUCUGCAGUAUCGGUCAGCCUCUCUAAUUCUCAGAGUUCUGGAGAGAGAGUUCUGGAAGGAAACCGAUCUUUCUAUAUUUGAUCUCAUUGGGCUAGAAAAUAAAAUUGCUCGCUAUGAGGCUGAAUUACUGUGUAAGAAAAAGGUGACUCGAAAACUCAUGGAGGAAGUCUUUGCUUCACCACCUCCGACAGCCCGGCCAGCAGCCAUGAAGCUCAAGGCUAGCAGGUUAUUUCAGCCUGUGCAGUAUGGCCAGAAGCCCGAGGGUCGUACCGUGGCAUUCCCCAGCACACAUCCACCUCGGAUGGCAACCGCCAAUGCAGCCACUGCUGCCCCACAGGGCCAGGUUCGAGGACGGCCACCGAUUGCUACUUUUUCUGCCAACCCAGAUGCAAAAGCAGCAGCAGCCCCGUUUCAGAACUCUCAGGCUUCCGUCGGUGCGCCUCGACACCAACCCACCUCGACCUCCAGCACAGCAACAGGCCCAGCCCAUCCUUCGAAACUGCGGGCUCAGACCGCUGUCCAGGCCUCCACCCCAGGCCCACCCCUGCCCCCGCCCCAGGCCCCCUCGCUGGUGGCCGGGCAGAGUGCACCGCCCCAGCGGCUGGUGCUUACCUCGCAGGCACAGGCCCGCUUGCCCAGUGGGGAAGUGGUGAAAAUAGCUCAACUGGCAUCCAUUGCAGGGCCACAGAGCCGUGUUGCCCAGCCAGAGACACCUGUGACACUGCAGUUUCAGGGGAACAAGUUUACCUUGUCACAUAGCCAGUUGCGGCAGCUAACAGCAGGCCAGCCUCUACAGUUACAAGGUAGUGUACUCCAGAUCGUGUCAGCCCCUGGGCAACCCUACCUGCGAGCCCCUGGCCCUGUGGUGAUGCAGACCGUGUCUCAGGCAGGCGCUGUGCAUGGCGCCCUGGGAAGCAAGCCCCCAACCAGUGGCCCUAGCCCCGCGCCCUUGACCCCACAAGUUGGUGUUCCGGGUCGAGUAGCAGUGAGCGCUAUGACUGUUGGAGAACCUGGGCUGGCUUCCAAACCAGCUUCUCCUGCUGCAGGGCCCACCCAGGAGGAAAAAAGCAGACUUUUGAAGGAACGCUUGGAUCAGAUGCAUUUUGUCAAUGAGCGGCGCUGUUCCCAAGCUCCAGUGUAUGGCAGAGACUUGCUCAGGAUUUGUUCCCUGCCUGCUAGAAGGAAGAGGCCUUUGUGCUGGUCUUUAGAUAGCAACCUUGGGACAGGUGCCAGAGUAGCAAACUGUUACAUGUCACCCUCAAAAAGUAAAGGUGAUCUGGUUGUGACAUUGGAUCAGUGUCAAGAAUCUCUUCAAGAUGUUCUUGACAGGGUGGCCUGUGUGAUUCCUCCAGUAGUGGCUACGCCACCCUCCCUGUGGGUGGCGAGGCCACCUUCACUGUAUAGCAGCAGGUUGCGAGCUCUGAGGCAGUGCCUGAGAGAACAUACCCGCCCCUACCACCGGCAGCUGCAGCAGCUGACAGCACUGCGCUCAUUGCAGUUCCCAGAGCUGAGGCUGGUACAAUUCGACUCAGGGAAGUUAGAAGCUUUAGCAAUCCUGCUACAGAAACUGAAAUCUGAAGGACGUCGAGUAUUAAUUUUAUCUCAGAUGGUUCUUAUGCUGGACAUUUUAGAGAUGUUCUUGAACUUCCAUUAUCUCACCUAUGUACGGAUUGAUGAAAAUGCCAACAGUGAACAACGGCAGGAGCUGAUGAGGAGUUUCAACAGAGACAGGCGGAUUUUCUGUGCCCUUCUCUCUACCCAUAGCCGUGCCACUGGCAUAAAUCUUGUGGAGGCUGACACCGUGGUGUUUUAUGACAAUGACCUAAAUCCAGUUAUGGAUGCCAAGGCCCAGGAAUGGUGUGAUAGAAUUGGGAGGUGCAAGGACAUCCAUAUAUACAGGCUUGUCAGUGGCAAUUCUAUUGAAGAGAAAUUGUUGAAAAAUGGAACUAAAGAUUUGAUCCGUGAAGUGGCUGCUCAGGGAAAUGACUACUCCAUGGCAUUCUUAACGCAGCGAACUAUCCAGGAGCUGUUUGAAGUUUACUCGCCCAUGGAUGAUGCUGGUUUUCCUGUGAAAGCUGAAGAAUUUGUGGUGCUUUCUCAGGAACCAUCUGUCAGUGAAACCAUUGCACCCAAGAUUGCAAGACCUUUCAUAGAGGCCCUCAAGAGUAUUGAGUAUCUGGAAGAAGACACCCAGAGAUCCACAGAGGAAGCCGUGCCUGGAUCCAGCCCUGUAGUUGUGUCCUCAGACUCAGACGGCUCUAGAUAUGAUGAGGAGCCAUCCCAGCUGGAGGAGCUGGCUGAUUUUAUGGAACAGCUUACACCAAUUGAAAAAUAUGCAUUGAAUUACUUGGAAUUGUUCCAUAUGACCAUUGAACAAGAAAAAGAGAGAAGCAAUGAGGAUUUGGUGAUGGCAUCAGUGAGGGAUUGGGAAUUCCGCAAUGCUAGGGCCCUGCAGGAAAGGGAGGCCCAGUUGCAGCUUGAGCAGGAGGAGGCAGAGCUUCUCACCUACACUCGGGAAGACGCCUACAGCAUGGAGUAUGUCUAUGAAGAUGCUGAUGGACAGACAGAAGUCAUGCCGCUCUGGACACCACCCACACCUCCUCAGGAUGACAAUGACAUCUACAUUGACUCGGUUAUGUGUCUCAUGUAUGAGACCACACCCAUCCCAGAAGCUAAGCUGCCUCCUGUUUAUGUGAGGAAGGAGCGCAAGAGACACAAAACAGAUCCUUCAGCUGCAGGCAGGAAGAAGAAGCAGCGGCAUGGUGAGGCAGUUGUCCCGCCACGAUCCUUGUUUGACCGGGCGACACCGGGCAUGUUGAAAAUCCGACGUGAAGGCAAGGAGCAAAAGAAGAACCUGCUACUAAAACAGCAGGCACCUUUUGCCAAGCCUCUGCCUACCUAUGUCAAGUCCUCGGGGGAACCUGCCCAAGACAGUCCCGACUGGCUCAUUGGUGAAGACUGGGCCCUACUACAGGCUGUAAAGCAGUUACUUGAGCUGCCCUUGAACCUCACGAUUGUGUCACCUGCUCACACUCCUAACUGGGACCUUGUCAGUGAUGUUGUCAACUCCUGCAGCCGAAUCUACCGGUCUUCCAAGCAGUGCCGGAAUCGUUAUGAGAACGUCAUCAUUCCCAGAGAGGAAGGGAAGAGUAAGAACAACCGUCCACUCCGCACAAGCCAGAUUUAUGCCCAGGAUGAGAAUGCCACUCACACCCAGCUGUACACAAGCCACUUCGACCUGAUGAAAAUGACAGCUGGCAAGAGAAGCCCCCCCAUCAAGCCUCUGCUUGGAAUGAAUCCCUUUCAGAAAAACCCUAAGCAUGCCUCUGUGCUGGCAGAAAGUGGAAUCAACUAUGACAAACCACUGCCUCCUAUUCAAGUUGCGUCUCUCCGUGCAGAGCGAAUUGCAAAAGAGAAAAAGGCUUUGGCUGAUCAGCAGAAGGCACAGCAGCCACCUGUGACGCAGCCACCCCCUCCGCAGCAACAGCAGCAGCCGCAGCAGCAGCAACAGCAGCAGCAGCAGCAACAGCAGCAGCAGCAGCAGCAACCCCCACCACCUCCACAGCAGCCACCACCACCACUGCCACAGCCACAGGCAACAGGCAGCCAGCCACCAGCAGGACAGCCUGCUGUCCAGUCCCAGCCCCAGGUCCAGGCCCAGCCCCAGCCUGUGCAGGCACAGUCAAAGGGGCCACCAACAAUGACAACUGUGGGAAGUGCUGCUGUACUGGUGAGAGCCUCUAAGCCCACAGUCUCUAGACCACCCCCUGCGAGAACACACAGUGCUCCCUGUGGGAGCCUGUCCACAGGAGUUCAGCUACCUGGAAAAACCAUCACUCCUGCUGCCCACUUCCAGCUUCUUAGGCAGCAACAGCAGCAGCAGCAGCAGCAGCAACAGCAGCAGCAGCAGCAGCAACAACAGCAGCAGCAGACCUCCCAGGUUCAAGUUUCACAGCUCCAGGGCCAGGCCCAGUCUCCACAGAUCAAAGCUGUGGGCAAGCUGGCACCGGAACAUAUCAUCAAGAUGCAGAAACAGAAGAUGCAACUGCCACCACAGCCCCCACCACCGCAGGCCCAGCAAGGUCCCCCACAGCAGCCGGCACAAGUGCAAGUGCAGACACCACAGCCCCCACAGCAGCAACAGAGUCCUCAGCUUACCACAGUCACAGCCCCACGGCCUGGAGCUUUGCUCACGGGCACCACUGUGGCCAACCUCCAGGUGGCCCGGCUUACCCGGGUCCCUACUUCUCAGCUGCAGGCACAAGGGCAGAUGCAAACUCAGACACCCCAGCCUGCUCAGGUGGCCUUGGCAAAGCCUCCAGUGGUAUCUGUCCCAGCAGCUGUGGUCUCCUCGCCGGGGGUCACGACCCUGCCUAUGAACGUUGCAGGGAUCAGCGUGGCAAUUGGACAGCCACAAAAAACAGCAGGGCAGACUGUCGUGGCCCAACCUGUACAUGUCCAACAAUUGCUGAAGCUCAAGCAGCAAGCAGUCCAGCAGCAGAAGGCCAUCCAGCCACAAGUUGCCCAGGGCCAGGCUGCCGUCCAGCAGAAGCUAACCACCCAACAGAUCACUGCUCAGGGCCCACAGCAGAAAGUCACCUAUGCUGCCCAGCCAGCCCUUAAAACCCAGUUUCUGACCACACCCAUCUCCCAGGCCCAGAAACUGGCUGGGACUCAGCAGGUGCAGACACAAAUCCAGGUUGCAAAACUUCCUCAAGUUGUACAACAACAAACACCUGUGGCCAGCAUCCAGCAGGUUGCAUCAGCUUCUCAACAGGCUUCUCCACAGACAGUGACACUCACACAGGCAACGGCAGCAGGGCAACAGGUACAGAUGAUCCCAACGGUGACUGCCACAGCCCAAGUGGUGCAGCAGAAGCUCAUUCAGCAGCAGGUGGUAACUACAGCCUCUGCCUCACUGCAGACCCCUGGUGGUCCAGCCCCAGCACAGCUUCCAGCCAGCUCUGAUAGCCCAAGCCAGCAGCCCAAAUUACAGAUGCGAGUCCCUGCUGUGAGGCUGAAGACACCCACCAAGCCUCCAUGCCAAUAGGAAGGAAACUGGUUCGUACUAUGGGCAAGGCUGUCUUAUCUUAGCAGAAUGCUCUACUGUUUUUGGACUCUGGGAUCUGCUGCUACCUAGGUUGGCCAAAGUGAUUUGACUUUCUCCUGUGUGUGACUAACUGAAAAAGUCGACAGUUGCAGUCUUUGAUGGUUUCACUGUGUGGGCAUUGUCCACAUCAGUCUUUUGAAAAGCCCUUUAGUUUCUUCUGUAGUGUACACUACUCAGUUAUGUGGUAGGGGCAGCAUGUCCUACAGCAGGCUCCAGCUCAGACAUGGUCUUUGGUACCACUGAAUGUUCAGGGAGAUGUAGGAGACAAGAGCAGACCAUCAGAUGCCCCUACCCCUCUUUCCAGAGCCUUCACUCAAUAUGCCAGUGAGGUCCUAGCUUGCAUUAUGAGCACCCAUCUUGCACCAGUGGGCAGUGGCUUUCCUUUGAAUGAGGCUCUGGGACUGACACCAUUUCUGUAUAGCCAAGUUUGUGUUUAUACACACUGUACUGAGAUCCUUCACAGUAUUCUUGUGAGAAGCUAGUGUGGGUUACAUGUAUAGGGCAGCCUGGUGCAGUUGAUACCCAGGUUCCCUUAUUGUUGUCCUGGUCUAGUCUGGAAGGCAUUGCUGUUGUGCCACCCCAGCAACUCUUCAUGGAUUUAAACAGCUGUUGCAGUGACAGGCCUGCAAUUGAAGGAGAAAGGGUUGGAAUGAAAGUUCAGUCCUACGUUCACUCUUCUUACCACUGUAAGGUGACUUGUAUGGCAUUCUUGGGCAUAACAGGCUGGCUGUGCCUUCUUACCUGCCAGAGUCGAAGGCCCAUGUUCCACAUCAGUGCUGAAGCCUGGAAGUUAAGUCUGUGAGGUCUGUGCUGUCAGCACUGCAGCCUUGAAGACAGGAGUUGUAUUGAGUAUUCUUCCCUGUCAUGUCCAUCCCACUUUUUGUGUACUGUGUGGGCAGGAAUGUGACAAUACAUCCUGAAGCCCACCUAGAACUCACUUUUGAGCUCAUAAUGUGAAACUUGGGAUAAAAGUAGCAAUUAGGUGUUGGAGGUUUAAUAUUUUCUGAACCACAAACCUGUCCUACAAGCAAAAACCCAUUGUUUUGGCUUAGUGUGUGCUGUUAGGGGAAGAAUAGCCCUUGGGAGGUUCCUGGGUCCCUGGCUCCCAGAAGCAAUUCCUAUUCCCCAGUCCUCAGGCAGAACUGAGCUCAGUGGGGGGUCCUUGGUCAAUGUUGCACUCACCCUUUUCUCCAUCCUUCCCACUGUUGUGGCAGCAUACUUCAGUGUGCCCAAGCCAGGUGGUUGGUGGGAGCAAGAGGCAGGGUCUUCAUUUUUGGCAGUUACUUUCAUCCAUUUUUCAACCAAGAUAGCUGUUGUUUUCUUUUUUUAAAAAAAUGUAAUAAGCAGGACUGAAAUUGUAAAUACUUUGUAAACACAAACAUUUGUAUUUGAAUAGGGUUUUGAUGUCCUACAAGCAGAGGCUAAUAAAAGUGACCUUUCUACA